AUGACGUCCAUGAUCACGGCCACGGCAUGGGUUCCUCGAGGCCAUGCUGCAGCCUACCCUACAAAGUACCAAAUGGACGACGACGAGUAUGCGCGCAUUGCGAAAUUGGCCAAGUUGGAGCUGGAUGAUGCGAAAGAGGAUCUAGAAAAGGCUCGGGAUGCGUUGAACAAAGUCAACAUGGGAGACGCCAGUGAGGGUGCGGACGAGCACGAUGACGAAGACGAAGACAGCGAGGACGAAAUUGCCAAGGAUGACGACCUCAAAGAAUACGACAUGGAGCACUACGAUGAUGAGCCCGACGUUCCGGGCGAGGAAGACGAUGAGCCUGCAGGGGGGGUGUUCAGCAACAUCAAGGAUCUCGCAUACCACACAGAUAACAAUGACGAUCCAUAUCUGACACUUCCUGGAGAAGGCGAGGCAUCAGAUGAUGAGGAGCGAGAAGAGCUGCAAAUCCYCCCCACAGACAGUGUGGUGCUAGCGGCGAGGAUAGAGGACGAGGUUGCGCAUCUUGAAGUCUACGUGUAUGAAGACAGUGCGGAUAACCUGUACGUCCACCACGAUGUCAUGCUUCCCGCCAUCCCACUGUGUGUGGAGUGGGUGGGAACCAAGGUCGGCCAGGACGCAGGCUCAAGCGAAGGCGGUAACUUCGCAGCCGUGGGAACAAUGGAUCCAGACAUUGAGCUAUGGGACUUGGACAUUGUGGACUGCAUGUACCCCAAUGCAGUUCUCGGCCAGAACGCCGGUGCUGGAGUGGACAUGCCMGAACCCAUCAUGAAGAAGAAGAAGAAAAAGACCAAAAAGGCAAACGACGCCUACCAUGUUGACUCGGUGCUCGCUCUCGCAGCCAACAGACAACAUCGCAACCUCCUCGCCAGUGCCUCGGCCGACAAGACCAUCAAGCUAUGGGACCUCACAACAUGCACCGCCGCACACUCGUACGCCCACCACACAGACAAGGUCUGCGCUCUUUCAUGGCAUCCUACACAAUCUUCCGUUCUCCUAUCAGGAAGUUACGACCGCACAAUCGUUGCCGCAGACAUGCGAGCUCCCGGCGCAGUGGUCCCGCGAUGGGGUGUUGAGAGUGAUGUCGAGCAGUUGCGGUGGGAUCCACACGACGAGAACCGCUUCUACGUCAGCACCGAGAAUGGCAUGCUCCAUUGUUUCGACGCACGAAUGCUGCCCGCAACGCCGGAGCAAAGCAAGCCCGUUUGGCGAUUGCAAGCCCACGAGCAGAGCUUGUCAUCCUUCUCUCUCAAUCCCACCGUUCCAGGCUACAUCGCGACCGGCUCCACAGACCGAACCGUCAAGCUCUGGAACGUCACAGCCGAUGGAGGACCCUCCAUGGUGGUAUCUCGCGAUCUCGAAGUCGGCAAGGUCUUCUCCGCCAACUUCGCGCCCGACGAUGAGAUUGCUUUCCGACUCGCAGUUGCAGGAAGCAAAGGUGCCGUGCAAGUUUGGGAUACCAGCACCAAUAAAGCCGUACGGGAAGCUUUUGCUACAAGGAUGAAAUUGCCUUUGUCGGCCGACGGUGAGAUCAAGGAGCGCUUGGUCGGCAUUGAAUUAGACAAUGAGGUGGAGGAGGAGGAGGAAGAGGCCGAGGAGCAUGGAGGAGAGGGGGGAUGGGAGAGCGCGGAGAGCAUGGACGAAGAUUAG